UCCUAUAAUUGGCGAGCGGGAGCGAGCUAACCUAGUGGUACAAACGGCGCGAUUUUUCUAUAUAUUGAUAUACGACCGUCCGUACGUCGUCCACGCGCUUAUUUUUAUCCGAAAAACAUUUCAAAUCUUUACACCGUAUAUUUCUCUCGUGUGUAUACUCGAGGAAGCCAACCACGAUGGAUCGGUCUAGAGGAGAUGCCCUUCGCCGUCGACGGGAAAGGGAAAGAGAACGUCGUGCCUGUGAAACUUCUGAGCAAAGAGAGGCUCGUCUUUCUCGACGGCGACUGCGUGAUAGGGAACGGGCAAGGCAACGCCUGGCCACGGAAACAGCGGAAGAAAGGGAAACACGACUAGCGAGAAGUCGUGUACGAGCAAGAGCUACACGUGCUGCGGAAUCAGAGGAAACGCAACAGGCAAGGCUCCAACAGAUCCGAAGCUAUCAGAUAAGGCGAAUUGCCGCCGAGUCUGCUGGGGAGAGAGAGGGGGUCGACUACAGUUACUACACAGGCUUUUUUGCGCAUACACACAAUCGUUAG